AAUCUUCUGGGUUUUUCUCUCGAUCGCUUGCACAGCGAAGGAGCACCACCUGACUCAGAAUGUCGGAUACGACGCCAUUCAUUGACAAUAUCAAUCUCGACAAGUUCUUUGAAGACGUCGACUCCGUUACCGACGAGCUAAAAGAGCUGCAGAAGCUCAACGACAGCCUUCAAUCCGCUAAUGAGCAGAGCAAAACUCUACACACCGCCAAUGCCGUCAAAGACUUGCUGCGGCGAAUGGAAGGUGACGUUGCUGAGGCGUUGAAGAAAGCCAAGCUCAUCAAAGUUCAGCUAGAGGAGCUAGACCAAUCCAAUGCGGCUAACCGGAGAUUUCCUGGAUGUGGACCUGGGUCGUCCUCGGAUCGGACCAGGACUUCUGUGGUCAUCGGGUUAAGGAAGAAACUGAAGGAUUCGAUGGAGAGUUUUAAUAGCUUGAGAGAGAAGAUAUCAACAGAAUAUAGAGAUACCGUACAUAGGAGGUAUUAUAUGGUGACAGGAGAAAACCCUGAUGAGAGGACGCUGGAUCGCUUGAUCUCUACAGGGGAGAGUGAGAAUUUUCUCGAGAAAGCAAUCGAAGAGCAAGGAAAAGGAAGGAUUUUGGAUACUAUAAAUGAAAUACAAGAGAGACAUGAUGCAGUACAAGAAAUGGAGAAGUAUCUGAACGAACUGCACAAAGUAUUCUUGGACAUGGCAGUAUUGGCGGAAGGUCAAGGCGAAGAAUUAGAUGACAUUGAAAGCAAUAUGCAGAGAGCCAACUCUUCCAUUCGCGGUGGAACUCAAGAGUUGCAUACAGCAACUGUUUACCAAAAGAAAACUUGGAAAUGGGUUAGCUAUGGCAUCAUUUUUUUGUUAGUCAUAAUCUCGGUGGUGGUGUUGCUCUUUGUGUUGCUGGUGGUCUAGCCGUGGGAGAAUAAUAGUGAGGUGGCGGCGAACCAAACCCAAUAAUCGGAUCAGUUGGUCAGCCGAUUAUUGAUGAGUUAACUUUUUACGAUAAUAGUUUUUCGUUUUAAGAUUAUUGAUUGUGAAAUUUCUUUUAUUUGUGUUCUUGGUUUGUUUGACAAGGUUGAAACAUGAGAUUUAUGUUGCUUAUAACAAAGUAAAUGAGCCAAAGGGAUCUAAUUGAACUUUUUCAAUCAUAUUAGUUUA